UUACCAGAGCGAAAAUCCAGCCUCCACUGAAAGAAACUUCUCAGGUAUUUUUCUAGGGUUUUUCAGUUUUCAACAUUCCAGCUUUUUUCUAGGUUUUUUAUUUUGGCUCGUUACUCUGUUUUGGUUUCUUUCGCUUUCAGACAAAUCCUUAUUAGUUCUUCUCUGUUUACUUGUUUGUUAAUGUUUUAUUUCAGGGUCUGACAAAAUUAAAUGAUAAAAUCGAAGUUCAGUUUACAACAAUUGGGUUUUUGUUAAAGAUAUGGACAGAAUCAGUGGGUUACCUGAUGAACUACUAGUGGAGAUAUUACACUGUCUUCCGACAAAAGAAGUUGUAUCAACUAGCAUUUUGUCUAAACGAUGGGAGUUCCUUUGGUUGUGGGUACCUAAACUCACGUUCGUGAUGAAUCACUACGAAUCAGAUCUUCCUAUUCAGGAUUUUAUCACCAAGAAUCUGCGAUUACUUAAACCUCAGGUUAUAGAAAGCUUUCAUCUCCAAUGUUUUAGUUCAUCAUUUAAACCUGAGGAUAUUAAGCAUUGGGUUGUUACUACUAUCUCUCGCCGCGUGCGUGAGCUGAUUAUCAACUAUUGUGAUUUGUCUUGGCUUGACAAACCUGUUGUGUUAUUAGAUUUACCAAACAGCUUGUAUACUUGCACAUCGCUCGUCACUUUGAAACUUAUAGGCCAUUCCAUUAUUGUUGAUGUUCCUCGAACGGUUUCUCUUCCUUGUUUGAAAACUUUGGAGCUUGAUUCUGUGGCAUACUCUAACGAAGAAUCUCUUCGACUACUUCUAUCGUAUUGUCCUGUUCUUGAAGAUUUGACUAUUCAUCGAGAUAUGCAUGACAAUGUCAAAACUCUUGUGAUUAUUGUUCCGUCUUUGCUUAGACUAAACUUACCGAUAGACGGGGCUUAUUCGUGUGAUGGUUAUGUGAUAGUUACUCCUGCUUUGAAGUAUUUAAAAGUUCCUGGCCUUUAUAGAGAAGAUUUCUCGUACUUGCUUACGCAUAUGCCUAACGUGGAAGAAGCAGAUCUUAGUGUUGAGCAAGAUGUUGAGAGGCUUUUUGAAUCAAUCACAUCUGUUAAACGCCUUUCGUUAUUCGUAUUACUCGACAUUGAAGACGAGUCUAUGUAUCAUAAUGGUAUUUACUUCAAUCAGCUUGAACAUCUGAACCUACAUAUAUACCGCGAUAACUGGUCCAAAUUACUUGUUCGGUUGCUCGAAGAUUCUCCUAAACUACGAGUCCUCAAGAUUGUUGUCGAUGGUGAACCAUCCUUUGAUGAGGAGUUUGAACAUGUUAGCUGGAUAUAUAAUGAUGAGAGCUCUGUUCCUAAAUGUUUGUUGGAUAGUCUUGAAGUUUUCGAGUUUGCUGGAUACACUAGAAGACCAGAAGAGAGAGAUUUCGUGAGUUUUAUCUUGAAGCAUGCUUGUCAUUUGAAGUCAUCAUCAAUAUCGCGCUUAUCAUGUUAUGUUCUAGAAUAGAAACUUCGAAAUCGAUUUGUUGUACCGAUCUCUGGAUUUUAGGCUUUUUUUUGUUGUCCAAGAACGAAGUAGGUGUUUUUCUUUAUCUAACUGUAAUGUGGAACUUGCUUUCCAAUGAUCAUCUCUCUUUGAUGACUCCAUAUUUCCUUAAUCAACCUUGAAGUUUUUUGUUGAACUUUCUUUGCGUUAUCAAGUAAAAGUAGUAUGUAGGAUUUGAAGUGUA